GUAUUGCUUCUAGUGCGCAAGCGCGAAAACGUCAGUUACCCGUCCUCAUAGAAACCAUGGGCGGUUAAGUUAACCCCACCAGCAGCGAAACAACAACAAUGGAGCCCCUUCAGCAAGGAGAAGACGGGGCCAGCGCAAACAGCGCAAUGGAGUCAUGGCACCAGCUUCCCGUAGAGGAGGAUCCCAGUCAGUUUCUAGGACAGACCUCUGCUUUGCAUGAAGCUGGCCAUCAGCAUGGGGUUACCCUCAACCCUGCAGAGCAAAUUUCCAUAGUAGGAGAUUCCAAAAUGCAGCAAGUAUCUGACCGAUUUGAAUCAUUACAACUAGAGUUUCAGGAUAGCCAUUUGUCGCCUGCCCUGACAUUGAUUCCACAGGGGAAGACCCUCGCCCUUUCUGAUUCCACUCUUCUACAUCAGACGGAUUCUGAGUUUGUCCCCUUAAGGGGAAUUCCUGAUAUGUCCAUGGCUUCUGGGAUGUACCAUCAUUUGUCACACCUGGAUGUCACGUCACAUGAACAGGCUUCACUGUCUCAGCAUCCACUGGGUGUGACCUCUGCCAUUUCAGAGGGAGGCAGUAGCUGCUGCUCACUUUCACAACACAGCCUGUCACCCGGUAGCCGAUAUCAAGCAACACAAGUUGAUGAGGAAGAGGAGGAGGAGAAGCAGCAAGAGAGCAGGUUAAAGAGCAACAAGGAGAGACAGAUGGAGGGAGAGGAGCAGACUGAUGCUGACUUAAAGAGAAGAGAGAAUGCUUCUAGUGCUGUGAGUGGUGGUGCACCUACUCAGUUCAUGGUGGAACUUCUAGAAAAGGAUGUUCGAGUAGUCGGUUCACGUAGUGGUGCUGUCUUUUCUGCCUCUGAGACUUCUCAUAGUCAAACUGAAGCCGUCCUAUCCCAGCCACACCCCAUCCAGAACCAGUCUCAACAUACUGACAUUGGCCAUUACCAGGUUCCAGGCUAUACUUCUGAAGAUGCAUCAAAGCUAAGCCCACCUGGAAGUAGAGAGCAACCACAAGGUGGCACCUCUUCAUCAAUGUGCCAGAGGAAGACCACAGGGAAAGGCAGUAUGUUGCUUUCCUCAGACAUGUCUAUGACGUCAAAUAUCACUGUUCGCUCCUCAAAAACACGGCCAGACUGCAACACAGACUCGUCUCGCCGACUGUACCUGUCUUUCAGCCAAAGUGAUGUAACAGGAUCAGAAAAUAAAAGCCAAAGCCAAAGUGGGACCAAAAAUGCUCCAAAUGCUUCAUUUGUCACCCCAGCCAGUGGAAUGGGUGUGUAUGUGCCAGGGCUCCAGAGAUUGCUCUGGGCCUCAGGCAGUCAGACUGCAGCAGAUGGUUCUUUCCUGGCUUCCCAUCCAGUAUCCCAGUCCACACCUGCUGUUCUCUUUAAUAGAGCAGCUCCAGUCAUAACAAAACUCUCUCCUAUAUACUCCAAACAGAACACCAUUGAUACUAUGGCCAUGUCAACCAAGACCAGUAGCUCCAAAGAUGGCCAGGUGCAAGCUCUACAGUUGGGCACCACAGACCCCCAAACCAUGCCUCUUCAAGUCUCUCAACAUGCCUCAACUUUAGACCAGGUGGAAGCUCCAGAUACCCAUGUUGCCCCUUCCACUGGACUAUCCAUGCCAGCGUUUGCCUCCAAGGACACAUCUUUUUAUCCCCCAAACCUUGAACUGCAUUCUUCUCAAUCUGAAAAAGAUUUCAAGGAUCAGGAUUCUAAUCUUUCUGCAGGAAGAGUACGUUCUCUACCCACGCUCAACUACUUGCAAAAAGUGGAUGCUUGGAAGGCCAAUCAGAGUUCUAGUGGGUCAUUUUAUGACAGCUUGGCUUUGCAGGGGGUUGAAAGUGGAUCUGCUAAAAAGAAAGUGCAGAAAUCUGUGUCUGAUGGACAAAGCCCACGCUCUAAAAAUGAGACCUCUUCGGAAUUUGACACUAACGCCAGUGCCCAGGUCUGUCAGCCAGCUGUGGCUGCUACCUUCUCCAUGCGGAAGAGUGUCUCACCAAGACAUGGAGACGUGUCGGGUGCUGGAAGAGGAGUUGGAGCCCCUCCCUCAGCAUCACCAAUUGCUCACUCCCACUCCCACUCCUCUCUUAGCACAGUAGUAAUGUCCAUCCAGCAGGAGAGGCCUCAGCAAAACUUGCAGCUUCCACCUGCAAGCUCUGAUGCCAUCGCGUCACCACUGCCUUCAGAAAAAUUAAGUGAACAAGACCCGGGAAGUCAGCCUAAAACAACAGACCCUGUAAAGCCCCUUGCAAUGUGCAGUCUGGGACAGUUCAGUGACGUGUCCUCAAACCGCAACAUAGACAAUGCCCUUUCCAGCUCCCAGGGGAGUUGGCAUGGUGAGCAGAGUUUGCUGGCAUCGGUGGGUGCAGCAUCAUCUGUGGUGAGUCUGGAAGUGGACAACUAUGCACCCUACUGGACUUCCAGACCUGGAUCUCCUCCACCAUCGUUUGAGCUUAACAUUGAAGACAGAAUCCCGCUGUACCUCCGUAACCUGGGGAUUGACCAGUCACCUUCUACAAUCUUAAAUCCAUUUACACCUCGGGGACCCAUCAGAGAGCCUGAGUUUUCUCCCACUGAUCUGUGUACCAUCAAGGGCUCAGUAGGAACACCAACUAAGAGCACACAACCAUCUGAAGGGGGUAGUCCUCAGAAGGAGACGUUUUCAAGUUCCAGUUUGCUCUCUGCAAAUUCCAGCGUCUCUUUACCUAGGCGGAUUGCCAUUCAGAAGCCAGACAGACCAGCUAGUCCUGGGAGUGUUCGAAUGGUGCGCUGCCAAGCUAGUGACUCUACACCUGAUCCUCAUACUUCAUCACACCCAUUCUCCACUUCUCAGGAGUCUGCUACUCCCCAGCGGGAAGGUAGUUAUGGCCUUCCAGCCCGGCUUAGCCCAGAUUCCGUCCCUCAUUCUGGGAUUUGGCUGGAACCUAAAAAGGAGGACUCCUCUCUGGUGGGAUCUGGCACCUUGCAGGAGAUCAGGCGUCUGUUGGGUCAAGCAGAGAGCCUGGUGUCUGGCCGUUCCUCACUGGCUUCUUCCCCUGGAUCACACUGUUACUCUGAGAGCGACGCCUCCUUUCUGUCUCUUAAACGAAACACACAGCCUUACAGAGAUGACUCUUUUCUGUCAGUUGGUGGAAAGACCUCCCUGGUCUCCCUGCCUCGCUCUUCCUCAGACUCUGCUCUGAAAGAGAGUACCUCAUCCUCCUGUGGGCCUCUGCAGCUCUCCGCUCAUAGCGAUCACAUGAUUGCAGAAACUACCUCUCCAUCUCAGAUAAGAGAUGCGAAUCUCAAAUCACGUGACCUUCGAGUGGCACCGAGGAGGACUGAGCCUGAGGGUUGCAGUGCAGCAGACCCAGACAGAGUGGGUACUGUGAGCCUGCCAGUCAUGCAGGGCAGUGUUUCCUCAGCAUCAGAUGACCUACAGCAAAGCCAGGAGAGUGUGGAGAACACUGGGGUCCAAUCACCUCAGAGCAGCAGCUCUCACAACCCAGCAGAGGCAGAGUUAGGUGUUUUAAGUGACGGCAGCAGCAGUGAGAGUUCUCUUGCUGCCAAGGUUGCCAAGCUCCUACGGAGUGAGUCUCCAGUUUCUGUGGUUACCAGCCGUCCAAGUACUACUGACCCGGACGAAAGCCGAGCUAGAGAGUGGAUCAUGAUGAAGGUUUCUGGCCGCCAGUGUGAAAGCCUGGAGCUCAAUAUAGAAGACAGAAAGAGAAUUGAAGAGAUCAAAAGAGAACUGUUGCUCCACACCAGACAGGCCAAGUCGAGCUCAGAUUCUGAAGGCAGUGCCCAGUCCAGUGUUGGUGCUGUUCCUGAGCCUACAGAAUGCUUUACAGCUGUGCAGAGUACAGAAGACCGUCUGCAGAGAGCCGCCCGGCGUCCACUAGACUCCACCAUCCCUCUGCACACACCUCUCAGUCUCAGUCUGGAGGCCAGGGUCCGUCAGAUUGCCCUGCGGGAGGGGCUGAACCUCCCUACAUCCCUCUCCUCUGUUACUUCAGCUUCCACUCAUCACACGCCCUCGCCACACCAGGAGGCCCACCUUCUGACUGCACAGGAUGACUCUACACACACAUUACUGAAAUAUACUGUCGAGGAGAGUAGACAGACUCCUGUAACUGUCAGAGGAACUGAUAUAGAAGAGAAGGUGGACAAGGAGGAGGAAAAUCAAGUGAAAACUGAUCGAUCUGUUGUUCAAAGUGCAGCUCCCAAAACCAUCUCUAGCAAGAAAGACGUCGCCCCAAGUACGGACUCACCUCCGAAACCCCACUUAUCGCAUAUUCAUGUUACUGUUUCCACUAAACCACAACAGAAUAUGACCCAAAGACUUCACUCAACUGCAGACAAACAUCACUCAGACAGAACCCUGCCAUCAGUCUCCAGCUCCAGUGGAGAAUCUCACACCCCAACGAUCAGUGAGACCAGUGCAGGUGAAGAUAGACAUGCAGGAAUCACUAGUGCCUACACUCAGAUCAGGUCCAGAUAUCCACAAGCCUUUACUCCAGCUCAAAGACUUCAUGAAUCAACAAGACCUCCGUCCUUCCAAACAGCAGCUGUUCCAACACUGUUGCCAUAUAAACCUCAUGGCAGCACAGAGCUCUUCUACAUGCCACAGACUGAUCCCGAUCUCUCUGCUGUUCGCUCUGAUACCACCAUGGAGAGUUCCCAUCCAGGCUCUGACGACGCUGUGCCUCCUCGAUUUACCACAGAGGUUCUGGGCUCCCGGGAGCUUGAAGACAGCGGCGUUACACCAAAGCACAAGGAGGGUAUUUACAGCAAGAGGGGCAAAAUGAGCAGAGGCCUUCAGGAUUCCAAAGUUGCUGCUGCUGCUGCCCUGAAGCACACUGCUGGAAGUCAUGAUCAGCUUUUAGCUUCCAGGAGUGAAGGUUUGGACCGUGAUCAGGAGGCAGUAUAUCUUUCUGAGCAAGCUGAAGAAGAAGAGGAGGAAGAAUUUGCCCCACUGCACAUGGAGACAGACUACAGUAUAGACGACCUACGCCAUCAAAGUCAUAUCGUACAAAGGCAGAGCUUUGUGACAGAAACGCGUCCUUCACCCAUGAAGCCCAUCAGGGAGGAGAACGGUAUGAAGAGUCAAGAGAUUGGCCUGGAGAUUAAUAGCUCUUUAGACCAACUGUGGAAGCGUUUCAGUGAGAGGUGGAGCCUGCAGGAGGCUCAGCCCACUAAUGAAGGCGAGAUGUCUCUGCUGGAGAGACUUGAGCGUCUGUCUCGUCUCCUGAACAGCACUACACCACCGGAGACGCAUGCCAAAAAGGUUUGUAGUCGAGAAGAAUGGGGCAAGAGAGAGAAUAGCUCAAGAGAACAUGAGCCGAAGAAGGCCAAGGGAAAAGAUAUACGCAGAAGAGUAGAGGACAAUGGCAGAAGCAAAGUUGGAGUGUCUCCAAAAACUGCAUGGGUGGAGGACCCUGCACAAGCCAGUCAUGCAUCACAGGAAGAAGAGCAAGAAAAUGCUCAUCGCUAUCCUGCAGAGAGAGACGAGUCUGUCAGUGUCUCGAUGGAAACUAGCAGCAGCCACUCCACCAUCGACACAGAUCGCUUGCAUAGAGCCUUCGGAUCACGCAGGGUUCACAGCGGUUCAGUAAAAGUCCCUGGGAGUCGCAGGGACGGUCAAGAAACCAGUGGCAGCUUAUUAAAACUAUACAACACAAUUAACAAGCAAAAACGAAGCCAAGAUAAUGGCAUCUCUGAACAUCACCCUGUAUCUGCUGCCACUGAGGUAAUCAGCGCCGAUGAAUCCACGGCCUCUGCUGACUCGCUGUCUUCCCCAAGCACUUACACACUCCCUUCUCAGAGAGGCACCAUUCGCACUCUUGGUACCAAGAAACGGAAGGUCAAGGUGGUCAGCAGAGGCAUACAAGCAGGUGAUCUGGAGAUUGUAGUAAACGGCACUCGCAGACAUACACGAGAUGUUGGCACUAUCUUCCCUUCACCAUGUAAUGCCAGAGACACCAGGACUCCUGCAUCAACCCAUGCAGAAAUACAGGUGUCCAGGGGUGUUCCUGCUCGUUCCCAAACAGUGCUGAGGAGAGAAGGCAUCCACAAGAGCAAUCAGACCUGCUACCCAGAAGGUGUAUCAUGGUUUGUGCCUGCUGAUGAGAUGAAGCAGGAUGCACGUAAAGAAAACGAGCCCCAGUCUGAGGGAGUGCUGUCUGCAAGCCAUGCCUGGUUUGAGCCCUACAGUAGGACUCGGCCCUGGAGACAGUCUCUAAGGGAACCACUCAGAGAACGACACAUUCAGCUGGAACGAGAGAAGCCCCUUGAGCCAAAAGCCUCUUCAGAGACUGACCGCAGAAAACCCUCUGCCUUGGUUCCUCUCUCUCUUCAGGAGGCUCUGGAGUUGAAUCGACCAGACUUUGUAUCACAUUCCCGAGAGCGAAUGAAGAGGCUGUGCCUUCUAGCGGAGGAGAGGAAGAUGCAGGCUGUCUUUAACAGAGAGAGAGAGGAGCUCUUCAAUCGACCUUUACCCCUCCAGCAGCCAAUAGCAGCUCCACCUCCUUUGCCCUCUAAGCGAGUCAUUCCAGUGAAGGAGAUGGUCCAAAGAUCCAAGCGUGGGGUAGAAGAAAACACACACACUCAGAGAAUAGACAAAACAGACAGAGUCAGGAGGAUAUAUGCUCAACUCCCUGAAGUUCAGAAGAGGAAACAGGAAGAGAAGAGGAAAGCAGAGUACAGUACGUACCGCCUCAACGCUCGGCUCUUUAACAAGAAAGUCACCAACCAUGUUUUGGGAAGAAGAGCACCAUGGCAGUAAUAUUUACAGAAACAAACACAAAUAAUAAACUGCAGAGUUGCCUUUUUUCUAGAAGAGUUUUAUUGCUCUAUGUGUGUGUUUUAGUGUGUGAGUUUGGGUGUAAAAUUUGUGUGAUGUAAUGACUAAUGUACUUUUUGGAGAUGUACUGUUACUACUAGGAACCAAAUGAAUGGAAAAAUGAAUGAUUUUUUUAUUGUGUUUUAAAUUUUUAUUGUAUUUUAUUUUAGAUUUUAUAUUUAAAAAAAUAAAUAACCCAUGGCAGCUGU